GUCUGAUCAUGAAAGGGAAAGUGGCCCUUUCACCACCUGGCUCCCAGGCUGGGAGCUUUUGUCUGGGAAGGAGUGCAAACGGCCUCCUCCACUCCCCACCUCCCAGGCCCAAAGAAAUUGAGAGCGAGGACUCCAUACGCCUUGAGGGCUUCUUGGGUCUGCGCUUGGCUCUCUGCUUCCUCCCCACUCCGAAAUUGCAAGCUUGCAACAAGGAAGUCGUGCAGCCGCCAUUGUCGGGCUGCCCGGGGCAGGGGAGGCGGCUGCGGCUGCUUAUGAUAUGGGUCUGCAGGAUGGAGUUCUUCCGGUCUGGCGUGCUCCUGAUCAGAGUUACUCUGAUCUGAAGAUUUUGGCGUUUAAGGCAUUAAGAUAAUAGCCUGAGUUGUUCAUGGAGUUUUUCAUCAGUAUGUCUGAAACCAUUAAAUACAAUGACGAUGAUCAUAAAACUCUGUUUCUGAAAACACUAAAUGAGCAACGCCUGGAGGGAGAAUUUUGUGAUAUUGCUAUUGUGGUUGAGGAUGUGAAAUUCAGAGCACACAGAUGUGUUCUUGCUGCCUGCAGCACCUACUUUAAAAAGCUUUUCAAGAAGCUUGAGGUUGAUAGUUCUUCAGUAAUAGAAAUAGAUUUUCUUCGUUCUGAUAUAUUUGAAGAGGUCCUGAACUACAUGUACACAGCAAAGAUUUCCGUGAAAAAAGAAGAUGUUAACUUAAUGAUGUCAUCGGGUCAGAUUCUUGGUAUCCGGUUUUUGGAUAAACUGUGUUCUCAGAAGCGUGAUGUUUCCAGUCCUGAUGAAAACAAUGGUCAGUCCAAAAGUAAGUAUUGCCUCAAAAUAAAUCGCCCCAUUGGAGAUGCUGCUGACACCCAGGAUGAUGAUGUAGAGGAAAUCGGGGAUCAGGAUGACAGUCCUUCUGAUGACACAGUAGAAGGCACCCCCCCGAGUCAGGAGGACGGCAAGUCGCCCACCACAACGCUCAGGGUUCAGGAAGCGAUCCUGAAAGAGCUGGGGAGUGAGGAAGUUCGGAAGGUCAAUUGCUACGGCCAGGAAGUAGAAUCCAUGGAGACCCCAGAAUCAAAAGACUUGGGGUCCCAGACCCCUCAAGCCUUAACAUUUAAUGAUGGGAUGAGUGAAGUGAAAGAUGAACAGACACCAGGCUGGACAACAGCCACCAGUGACAUGAAGUUUGAAUAUUUGCUUUAUGGUCACCAUCGGGAGCAGAUUGCCUGCCAGGCGUGUGGGAAGACGUUUUCUGAUGAAGGCAGAUUGAGGAAGCAUGAGAAACUCCACACGGCGGACAGGCCAUUUGUUUGUGAAAUGUGCACAAAAGGUUUCACCACACAGGCCCACCUGAAAGAACACCUAAAAAUCCACACGGGAUAUAAGCCCUAUAGCUGUGAGGUGUGUGGAAAAUCAUUUAUCCGUGCCCCAGACUUAAAGAAGCAUGAGAGAGUUCACAGUAAUGAAAGACCGUUUGCAUGCCACAUGUGUGACAAAGCCUUCAAACACAAGUCUCACCUCAAGGAUCACGAAAGAAGACACAGAGGGGAAAAGCCUUUUGUGUGUGGCUCCUGCACCAAGGCAUUUGCCAAGGCGUCUGAUCUGAAAAGGCAUGAGAACAAUAUGCACAGUGAAAGGAAGCAGGUUACCCCCAGUGCCAUCCAGAGCGAGACAGAACAGUUGCAGGCGGCAGCGAUGGCUGCGGAAGCAGAACAGCAGCUGGAGACGAUAGCCUGUAGCUAGAGGCGGUGGGACAGGGACACUUUGCCUGGAAAGUGGAGACUGAGAUGACGUGGAUCAUAAUGAGUGAAUGCCAGUUACUAUAUUUUUGUGGAAACAUGGAACAUUGUACUCACUGGACUUCAGGCAGUGCUUGGUUAGGUAUUUUUAAGACUUUUCAAGGAAAUGGUGUUCCUCAAUUCUGACCAAACCGUUUCACUGUCUUGUCUGGUGUCUAGUAUUAAUGUUGCCAGUAAGCACCCCUCUUCCUUUUUUUUAUUAUUUUAAUUUGAGAACUGUGUCCAGUUUAGAAGUGAGAGACUUCCAUUUUUAAUUCCUUUACACUCACCACCCUAGCAGGUGCCCUGCACAGAGUAAUAAGUAAAUUGAUUUCCUAAUCACAAUUCUGUGUGACUUAUGGUCAAAAGAGCAGUUUUAAUAACUUAAUGAAAGUACUUCAGAUAGACACAGAAAAUUGGUGAGUGGUUGACCAAGAACAUCGCGCAAAUAUAAAAAAAGUUCUGGAAAUGCAGAAUGGCGUUAGAUUUAUAUUUGGUUUGUUAAUUUUAUAUCACUAUUUUUCACUGUUUUUGUGGACAAAUAAUGGUUGCUUUGCUGAAGUGUUUCUUCCUCAAUCUUGAUUGCCCUGUACCUACCCAAAAGCUGUAGUCACACAUCCUAAAGGCCAAGCAAACCCACCAGGAUGGUGGGGGGUCUUGGAGCCAAGCUCUUAGGUUCCUCUUAUUUGGGGCAGUGCCAGUCCACACCAGCUGGGAUUUGUGAGUGGACCUGUGGUAAGAAGAAUAGAAAAGGCUCUCAGAGAUAAGGUUUUUAACAUGUGUAACAAUCCCAGGAUUUCCUAGAUUAAAAUCUUAAUUGAUUUUGAAAUUGGAUGUUUAUUUAGAAUCAGAAUUAGGACAAGAACAGAUAACUUCUUCAGAUACAUUUGUGUAACUUUACAGAAUGUCAUCAAGCUUUGGGGCUCUCUGGGGCACAUGAUUUAUCCAUAAAGGAGAUGCAGUAUGCUUACUUAAUAAAUUUAAAAUCUUUUAAGUGUGUAAAUAAUAGUGUCGGUCUUAUGUAUUUCAAGUAAAAAGUAGACAGCUGCACUUUUUUUGCACAUUGGAUUAAAAUAACUUCCAUCAGCAACAAACAUCAGACUGUUUUUAACAAAUAUUAAAGAUUGUCAGACCAAAUGUUUAUGUUUUCUAAGUAUAUUUCAUCACUGGUUACAGUUUUAAAUAGAAGUUGAUUGCCUUUUCAUAGCCGUAAAUGAGAAUUAUAAACUGUUCCAGUUUUGGUAUACUAAAUGUUCUUUUAACCAUCUUUAGGAAUAUAUUGAAAUGACAACAAUAGUUUGAAUUGUGUUCUGUAAAAAACUAUUAGUCAAUUAUUUUACAAUAUGUAGAAUUGUAGAAAAUGUCAAUUUUUCAAAUUCAUUUUUCAUUGCUAGGAUUUUUUUAAAAAAAUUAAAGUAAUUUCACUCCAUA